GGGAGAGUGCGGGUGUUCCAGACUGACCGGAUGUGGGCGCGGGCCGGCUCCCCAGCCCCAGUUCCCGGGAGCGGGUCGCGGGGAGCGCGGGGUGGGCGGGCCGCGGGGCGGAGCCGCUGCCGGGGCAGGGCCUGCAGGCUGUCCGGCGGGGGCGGGACCCCCUGGCCCUGCGGGACCCCCUGGCCCUGCGGGACCCCGCCUGCCCGGUCGCCGGCGGCGGCGGCUCGGCCAUGAAGCUGAAGCUGAAGAACGUGUUUCUCGUCUACUUCCUGGUGUCGAUCGCCGGCCUCCUCUACGCGCUGGUGCAGCUCGGCCAGCCAUGUGACUGCCUCCCCCCACUGCGGGCAGCAGCAGAGCAGCUCCGCCAGAAGGAUCUGAGGAUUUCCCAGCUGCAAGCUGAUCUCCGUCGCCCUGCCCCUGCCCCUGCCCAGCCCCCUGAGCCUGAGGCCCUGCCUACUAUCUAUGUUGUUACCCCCACCUAUGCCAGGCUGGUGCAGAAGGCCGAGCUGGUGCGACUGUCGCAGACCCUGAGCCUGGUGCCCCGGCUGCACUGGCUGCUGGUGGAGGACGCGGAGGGCCCCACCCCGCUGGUGUCCAGGCUGCUGGCCGCCUCCGGCCUCCUCUUCACGCACUUGGCGGUGCUCACGCCCAAGGCCCAGAGGCUCCGGGAGGGCGAGCCGGGCUGGGUUCGGCCCCGCGGCGUAGAGCAACGGAACCGGGCUCUGGACUGGCUGCGGAGUGGAGGGGGCGCUGUGGGGGGAGAGAAGGACCCUCCGCCCCCGGGCAUCCGGGGGGUUGUGUACUUUGCCGACGAUGACAACACCUACAGCCGGGAACUCUUUGAGGAGAUGCGCUGGACCCGCGGCGUCUCCGUGUGGCCCGUGGGGCUGGUGGGCGGCCUGCGAUUCGAGGGCCCGCGGGUACAGGACGGCCGGGUCGUGGGCUUCCACACGGCGUGGGAGCCCAACCGGCCCUUCCCCGUGGAUAUGGCGGGAUUUGCCGUGGCCCUGCCCUUGCUGCUGGCCAAGCCCGAUGCCCAGUUUGACGCCACCGCUCCCCGGGGCCACCUGGAGAGCAGCCUCCUGAGCCACCUGGUGGACCCCAAGGACCUGGAGCCACGGGCUGCCAACUGCACCCGGGUUCUGGUGUGGCACACGCGGACGGAGAAGCCCAAGAUGAAGCAGGAGGAGCAGCUGCAGCGGCAGGGCCGGGGCUCAGACCCCGCCGUGGAGGUGUGACGGACGCCCCAGCCGACGACCGUUUCGCACAGGCCUGUGGGGCCGGGUGCGGUCCUCCACGACCCGACCCCUCAGCGCCAGGGGCGGGGCGGCCCCUCUGCCAUUUCAGCCCAGCUGCUUCCCCUCCCCCAGCCCGCUGUGUGGCACUGCCCACAGCUGGGGACAAGCAGCCCUUGUAUUGAGCCGGGUCAGCCCUGUCUGGGGCGGAGCAGGAGGACAGACGGACUCAGGAGGGAGGGCCGCUGAGUAACUGGGUAACUUAUUGGGGCUGGGCAUGCAGGGGGCGGGGGUGGGGCUGGAGGAGCUGGGCUGGACCCUCCCCACCUGAGCAUGCUGACCCCUCCUACCUCCAGAAUAAAAAAUCUCCACCUG